AUGGCAGCCCAACCCCGCGCAUCCAUCGAGAAGACGGCCGACGCAACCCUGGCUGAGGUGACCCCGCCUCCAGCGCCGACGACCUUCAAAGCCAACCUCGCGGCGCAAAUCGAGACAUGGCACGCGAACCGCGGCGACCGGUCCGUCAUCAGCUCGAUGAUCCCCCGCCCGAACCCGAACGACAAGGUCGAGGGCGAGGUGGUUUCGAAGAAUCCCAUCAAGCUGUUUGCCCGCUUGACCCCGAUGGGGGCCGCGCAGUACUUUUGCGGGUGGUUCUGCUGGAUGUGUGAUGGCCUCGACUACUUUGCCGUCUCGGUGACCAUGUCUGCCUUGGCCAAGCAGUUCGGCAAAUCGACCGCCGACAUCUCCUUCUCGCUGACCCUUACCCUCCUGUUCCGCUCCCUCGGCGCCUUCAUCUUCGGUAUCCUCGCGGACCGGUACGGCCGCCGCUGGACGCUGGUGGUCAACAUGCUCCUCAUUGCCGCGUUCGAGCUGGGCUCGGGCUUCGUCAACACGUACAAGGAGUUUCUCGGCGUGCGCGCGUGCUUUGGUAUCGUGAUGGGCGGGGUGUGGGGCCAGGCAUCGGGGCAGGCAUUUGAGAACAUCCCCUUCGAGCUGCGCGGGUUCCUCGCGGUGCCGUUGCAGGCAGGCUACACGGUCGGAUACAUCCUCGCGGCGGUCUUCAACCUCACAGUGGUCCAGUACAGCCCGUACGGCUGGCGCACAGUCUACUUCAUCGGAGCGGGUUUCUCGCUCGCCGCGGCCAUCUUGCGUGCCGUGCUCCCCGAUUCGCCGCAGUACAUCGAGUCGCGGCGCGAGGCCAAGGCCAACGGCGUGAGCGGGCGCGAGGCGAUGCGCAGCUUCUUCCGCGAGAUCUGGGGAAUGCUCAAGACCAACUGGCUCAGGUGUAUCUGGGCCCUCGUGUUCAUGAGCGCCAUGAACUUCCUCUCGCACGGCUCGCAGGACCUCCUCCCGACCUUCCUUAUCAAGUCGAAGGGCCUGACGAACAAGCAGUCGAGCCGCGCGACCAUCAUUGCAAACACUAUCGGCCUCGUGAUCGGCCCCGUGUUCGGAUACAUCUCGCAGUACCUCGGCCGCCGUCUGACCAUGCUUGUCGGCAUCGUGUGGAUCGGGGCGUGGAUCCCGUUGUGGAUCCUGCCCAACAACUUUGGCGGGUUAGCCGUUGGUGCUGGAAUGGUGCAGUCCGGUGUCAUCGGCCUGUGGGGCAUCACCGGCCUGCUCCUCGCCGAGAUCGCCCCGCCCGCCUUCCGCGCGCUGUUCACCGGCCUCCUGUACCAGCUGGGUAACAUGGUGUCGUCUGCGUCGGCGCAAAUCGAAGCGAGCGCCGGCGACAAGAUCCGGAUCACUGUCCAUGGCGUCGACUCGCCCGACUACGGCACCGUGCAAGCCAUCUUCCUUGGCGCCGUGUGCGGUGGCCUGAUGCUCACGAUCCUGUUUGGGCCAGACGCCGACGGCAGUCGCUUCGAGAAUGCCAAGGUCGCCAUCCAGGAGAACGCAGGCACCGCGCGCACGGUCGACAUGGUGCGUGAGGCGCACGAGGAGCGGCGCGCGAGCGAGCACGACGUCAAGGCCAAGGUGUAG